AUGUGUGAACGUGGCUAUUGCAUGGGCGUGAGUCGAGAGAUUUCGGUGAUGGAUGAUGGCUGUCGGUACCUGAAAACACCAAAUGUGACAGAGACGACCACAGGUCGCGUGCCAAAGGAAAAGCAGAAAGGUGCGAAACAGGAAAGCGAGAGUUGCGAUGCUUCAAACCAACACUCGGCAUUUCACGACGGGCCUAUACAUAUUCACUUUCGUGCACGAGCAACUCUGCCACCGCCAUUUCGUGCAGAGCCACCUCACGAUCCUACGCGCCAGCUUCAAACGAAGCCAUUGCCAGUUCUUGGUGCGCUGGCCCCGCGGACCAACGUGACACCCGUGGCGUUACAAACUCGUGGGUCUUUGCCGGAGCGACGACCAAACAUAGAACGAGCCUCGUCUCUCCAUGGUCUCGGUACAAUCGCGAACGCCACCAGUGGCCCACAGGGUCCUGUCAACUUGACGUGCAUUUCCCAAGAGAACUCUGGUCCGCACCAUGAGGUUGACUUUGGGCUCAACAGCGUUCUCCUUGCGAUAUACCUGAACUCGCAACUUCGCCAUUAG